AUUAUCAAAUGAUUAAGUGAAUACUGAUAACUAUGUGAACAAAAAUAUUUUUUGUAAGGUAAACAGCACAAAGAAAACGUGUUUUAUUAGACCAAAUAAAACAAUCACCAGAUUUCUAAACAUAAAUCCAAGUGGAAACUUAUAAAAAACUGAGCAAAGCCAGGCCUGCAUAUGCGCACACAGGGUUAGAUAAAGCAAUGAGGCACAGGUGAACACAAUACUAUAGGUUGCUAUAGCAACAUAUGAUCAUAUAUUAGGACGCUAGGUCAAACUGAUCAUUAAACACUCAAACUAAGAGUUUGUUACAUGAUAAUUCAAAAACAUAAAACAGAUUUUAUUUCCUUUCGUAUUUUUAAAAAUGCUUGCCAUUUAGGCAAAAAUGUUAUCAAAAGAAUCCCCUUCAAAUAGUUGUUGUGUAAAUAAAUUGCCAAAAAAAUAAAGAGGUUUCCGUGUUUAGACAAAAACUGAAACAAAAUCCUAAUAAUUUUGUCUUUACACUAAUUAUAUGAUAAGUUUAGUCUCUUUUAUUAUCUUUAUUUACAGUGUUUGUUGCACACAGUUACACAGUAACAGCUUUUUACGCUGUGUUAAAAAAAUAAAGCAUGUACAUUCUCAAGUAAAAACAAAUCAAGUCAAAACAAACACCUCACGUGAGAGUCAAACAUCCACAGUUAACACUUCACUCAUGUAAAACCACAUGGUUCGGCAGAAUGAACAUGAAGUUUUCUAUCUAAUCAGACUAAGAUAAGCUGGCACUAGUCUCUAGUGUGAAGGUGUCCGACACUGAAACCCCCCUCCCCCUCUGUCUUUUUGGGACUUUGCUCCCCAUAUGAACACAUUAGAAUUCUAUCAGUGAGUGUGAAUGGAUCAGAUGGAUAUUGGAAAGGACAGGAUACACAGCCUGUUAUAAAAGAGAAGAGCCCAGGACAUUAAUCAAUCUAUGAAAGCUCAGAGCUUCACUGCACCACCAGCAGAUCUCAUGAGAAUCACUGGAGAACAUCCUUCAGAUCUGUUUCCAAGGACAGUCCGGAUUAAAUUUUAAUUGUGAGCACAUGCCUUUGGGAUUUGUAUUUUGGAGCUGAUUUUUCUUUUUAGAAGACUCAUUUUAUGUAAGUUCACAUCCAUAUUUGGGACUGAGACAGGGUUAAAAAAUGGAAGAAGACAUGAAGGAGCUGAGAAAGAGAGUACCGUAUCACAUCCAGAGAGAAGUGCUGGAUGAGCUCAGCGUCGACCAAGUAGCUGAGAAAUCAGAUUUCAACAUUUCAGUGAAAGAAAAACUCAAGGAUGCUGUCAGGUGUACAGGCCCAAAGGCUAAAAGCUGUUUCCUAUCCUUUAUUCCUCUCCUGGCUUGGCUCCCUAAAUACCCAUUUCGAGAAAAUGCCAUUGGAGAUCUAAUAUCAGGAAUCAGCGUAGGAAUCAUGCACCUGCCUCAAGGUAUGGCAUAUGCUUUGCUGGCUGCCGUUCCUCCUGUUUUUGGCCUGUAUUCGUCCUUCUACCCCAUUCUUAUAUACUUUAUAUUUGGAACUUCUAAACACAUCUCUGUCGGUACAUAUGCAGUUAUGAGUGUUAUGAUUGGCAGUGUGACAGAGCGUUUGGCUCCAGACUCAGACUUCACGUUCCCAGGCAACGAAACCAACAGCACCUAUAUAGACUUUAGCAGCCGUGAUGCAGAGCGGGUCAAAAUCGCUGCCACUGUCACUUUCUUAUCUGGCAUUUUCCAGUUGCUCCUCGGUGUGGUGCGCUUUGGUUUUGUGGUGACGUAUCUCUCAGAGCCAUUGGUGAGGUCUUACACGACAGCGGCUGCUAUACAUGUCAUCGUGUCCCAGCUCAAAUAUUCCUUUGGCAUCAAUCCACAUCGAUACAGUGGACCUUUGUCUCUCAUAUAUACAGUCAUCGAGAUUUGUGCAUUGCUUGGAAAGACCAACAUCGGUACACUGGUUGUCAGCAUUGUUACUAUUGUUGGCUUAAUCAUUGCAAAGGAACUCAGCGCAUUGGCAGCAAAAAAAAUCCCUAUUCCGAUUCCAGUUGAGCUAAUUACUAUUAUUAUAGCCACUGUGGUAUCAUGGUAUAUGGAUUUGAAGACCAUUUACAAAGUCGAAGUUGUUGGCGAAAUCCCAUCAGGUCUGCAGGCUCCAGUGGCACCAAAGGUCUCACAGCUGGGUUCAAUGGUCGGGGAUGCUUUUGCACUGGCAGUAGUUGGUUAUGGCAUUGCUAUUUCACUGGGAAGAAUUUUUGCCCUCAAAUAUGCCUACAAAGUUGACAGUAACCAGGAGCUCAUAGCGCUGGGUCUGUCUAACUCAAUUGGAGGCCUGUUCAGCUGUUUUGCCAUCAGCUGCUCUAUGUCUCGCAGUAUGGUGCAGGUCAGCACGGGGGGGAAAUCACAGGUUGCAGGAGCGAUUUCUGCUCUGGUGAUUCUGGUGAUCUUGUUAAAGAUUGGAGAACUCUUUGAGGAGCUGCCAAAGGCAGUGCUGGCGGCUAUAAUCUAUGUAAACCUGCAAGGCAUGAUGAAGCAGUUUGGAGACAUCUGCUCUCUCUGGAGGACCAACAAAGUGGAUAUGGUGGUGUGGGUGAUGACUAUGAUCCUGACCAUUUUGUUUAAUCCUGACAUGGGACUGGCUGCGUCUAUCGCCUUCUCCAUCCUCACCGUGGUCUUCAGAACUCAGCUACCGAAAUACUCCAUUCUUGGGCAGAUUCCUGGCACUGACAUCUACAAACCAGUAGAGGACUACAAUCAGGUUAAGGAGAUUCCUGGUAUUACGAUUUUCCGUUCAUCUGCAACAUUGUACUUUGCUAAUGCUGAAAUGUACAUCGAUGCCCUCUAUGAGAAGACUGGUGUAGACGUGGCUAAACUUCUCUCACACAAGAAGAAACUGCAAGCAAAAAGACUGCGAAAAGAAAAGAAAGCUGCCAAGAAAGCAAAAAAAGAGGCUAAGAAAAGAGCAAAAGAAGCUGCACGCCAAGCUAAGGAAGAGCCAGUGUUUUCAGACACAGAAGAAAGCGAGGAAGAGCCCGAGUUGGUUUCACACUCACAGACUAAUGGAAAUGUGCACGAGUUAUCGGUUAAAGAGCCAAAAGAUAUGGUUGUAGUAGAAGCAGGGCCUUAUACUGACCCCGACACACCACUUCCAAAGGCAAUCAUUCUUGACCUGAACCCAGUCAACUUUCUGGACACAGUUGGUGUGAAGACGCUACGCAAUAUUUAUAAAGAUUAUGGAGAGGCUGGUGUGCAGAUAUACUUGUGUGGCUGCCAGAGAGGUGUUGUAGAGAGUAUGGAGAAGGGCGAUUUCUUCAACGAGAAAGUGACUAAAUCGAUUCUCUUCUCCACGGUACAUGAUGCGGUUCUUUACUGCCAGCAAGGAAACAAUGAGAAGGUCAUGCAAGGAACACAUUUGUAAAUCGAAUGUGAAAGACAACACAAAGCUGGAUUUUUGUGUAUUUCGCCAUGAGGAUGAAUACGUAUACAGGAGAUUCAUAAUGUGUUAUUUAAAAUAAUAAUCAUCUUUGAAUGGGAAAUAUGUGAGAAUGGAUUUGCUAUGGAGCUUUAUUAUGCAAGUAAAAUGAAAAGAAUUGUGAAACUAUUCAGGUUGUGACACUGCAGGUGUUUUAUAGCGCUAAAAUAUUACACAUUGAGUUUCUCAGAAAUAUACUCAGAGUUCGUGGAAGCUUUACUACAUUAAGUUCCACUUUUAGCAUUAGCAAUGUAUGCUACAGUUGAAAAGUUUGGGGUCAGUAAGAUUUUUAAAAGAGCAAGGAUACAUUAAAUUCAACAUAGGCUCAUUCUGAAAACGUUUCCCCUAUAUACUAUCCUGGAGAUUACGAAUUAUGUAGCCAGAGCUACGUAUGGCUGCAUUUCGUCUUUAGAACAAAUGCUACAGGGCGGUAUGACGCUGUUCCCUUUCUCGCUUACCAGCUGACAGAUUACCUCCGUAUGGACAGCUUUUCCACUGUUACCAGUUUGCCCGGUAGCUUGACAUUAGUGAUGCGCGGAUGGUGGUUAUAUCGGCAGGUGCUGCAGAUAAUCAGCGGGUCGGGCGGGUUGGGUAAUAAAAAAAUACAUUAUGAUUAAUUGCUGGUCGGUUGCGGGUGGAUGUUGCCAGACAUGGCAGUGGACCAGCGAAAAAGUAGAGAGUGGGCUUUGCAGGAUGGGAAGAUGAGACUCCCAAAAUAAUGGAUGAAUUGCAGAGUAGCCUACUGUUCAAAGAUUCAGUUAGAGGAGGACUCUAACUGAAAAUCUGCUGUCAUUCUAGGAAAAACUAGAUUGCUUAUUUCCAUGAUUGCAGCGCAUUGCGAGGAGAAUCUUGUUCAUUCCUACAGCAAGCGGUGCGAGCAAACGCUCAUUCAGUGCAGCUGGCCGUGUUUUGAGGGCGAGGUAGAAUCUCCGAAUCCAGGCACAGUAGAUGCUAUUCUGUUUUUGCACAGUAAACAUAACAUAGCUACCAUUUAGGCUGCAGUGGCACUCUUAUUGUUAUCUUGUUCCUGAAUCUGUAAAAGCUAAAUGUCCUAUUUUUACUUUCUGUAUCUAUUUAAAAAUGAAGAAAAUGUUGUGUAAAGACAAAGCUUUGUUUUUAUAAAAAAAUUUUCAUGUAAAAUAAUUUACGAUUAACGUAUUAUUUUACUAUCCACGGUGACCUAUCAUCAUGCCUAAAACAAAUGAUUAAUUUAUUAAAGUGACGAUCGGGUGCGGGGCGGUUGCAGAUACCUUUAUCAGAUACUGUAAAACUGUAUGUGCGGGUGGAUGGCAGGUAAAUGAUUAGUAUGAAGCCGCAGAUUCGGGUGUCGUUUCAGCUGAUCUGCGCAUUUCUACUCGACACGUACUUUGGCAGACUUGAGAUGCAGAGCAGAGUUGAACACGACAACGGGAUUCAAGUCCGGUGAGGAACGGUUCCAGAAAGCAGGUAAGACAAAAACAGAAGCCAAAAUCUAAAAAGAAACAAGUAAAUAACAGGGUGAAUAUGUGGUAAAAUCUGA